AUGGAAGGACUCAAGAGGAGAUUUUUCACUCAUUAUUUCCCAUCUACCUUUCAAGUAGAGAAGGAAUCUAAGUUUCAUCGCUUACAACAAGGUAAUAUGAACGAGGAGGAGUUCAUAGCCAAGUUCAAUGAAUUGUUAAAGUAUUUGACCUAUCUGAGACAUCAUGAUGAUGAGGAGUGGAAGGCCGAGCAGUUCUUAAACAAGAUAUGGCCUGAAUAUAACAGGGAAGAAGCUGAAGCUUCUCCAAAGCUUAUUAAAGGUACUAUUUCUCUCUAUGAUACUGAAAUCCCUGCUUUAUUUGAUUUGGGUGCUACUCACUCUUUUAUUUUAAAUGAGUGUGUAGAAAAGUUAAAGUUGCUUGUGACUGAAUUGCUUGUGUUGAUGAAUGUUUCUACACUGGCUAGAGCAUUUGUGAAAACCAGCCGUGCCUGUUUGAAAGUUGAUAUAAGAUUUGGUAAUAGUAUUACAUUGAUUGAUUUGGUUUGUUUACCCAUGUUGGGGAUUGAUGUGAUUGUUGGGAUGGAUUGGUUAUUAGCUAACAAAGCAAUACUAGACUAUGAAAAGAAGAUAGUUUCUCUACCAAUGUGUAAUGUGACUCUUGCAGUAUCUAAGAAUACUACCUCCGUAGUGAAUCUUGAGAUACCCAAGUUUUUAUUUGCCAUGCAAAUUAAGAGGUCAGACUGUGAAGGGUUUCAGAUAUUUUUAGUGUUCUUUUUAGCCUUUGGAGAGUACGAUGGUACUCUUGACAAGAUUGGAGUUGUAAGUAAAUUUUUAGAAGUAUUUAUUGAUAAGAUGUUCAGCUUACCACCAAAAAGGGAAAUCGAGUUCUCCAUUGACUUGGUGCCGGGAACUAAACCUAUCUCUAAGGCUCUAUACCAUAUGGCUCUAUCUGAACUAGAAGAAUUGAAGAAGCAAUUGGAGGAACUACUGGAGAAAGGAUUCAUUAGGUCAAGUGUAUCCCCUUAG